UGUUGUUGUUGGCCCAGCGCCAGGAAGGUUUACACCAGCACAACCGCGGCUUUAAAUCAGUGCAGCACCAGCGGUCACCGGCAACGGACUUGAAAUUGUUUAAACAGUUAUACGAGCAAGUGAAGCGCGUACGAUUACGCCAGGAAUAUACUACAAUAGAAUACUCAUUGAAAGUGCUUAAAUUAAGCCAGUUUGUAAAAACCGCCAGCGCAACAACAAAUAACGGGAAAAAAACGAAAAAUUCAUAAAUUAUAUUCGCGCAUUAAAUUUUUCAUUGUAAAAUCAAUUUGAGUAGCGGCAGGAGACAAAACCGCAAAAGCGCGAACGCCACUCUGAUCAUUUGUGUUGGGCGCAGGGAGCGUCGAGAACCCGCGCAGUGAAUACAAAAUCAGUUGUUCGAUUGUUGUGCGCGAUUAAGGGAAGCCAUUGAAUUUAAAUAAAUAUAAUUCAAUUGCGCAAAGGAAUUCCUGUAUUUGUUUUUUGUGUUUGUUGUCAACGAAGCCAGCAAAUUAAUUCAAUCCGCGCCGUGCAAACGUCCAGCCAACCAACCAACCAACAACAACGACACUUAACACAGCGAAAUGUUGCUGAAAUUCCUAUUGCUGGCAUAUGUGCUACACCUGGCAACCGCCGCACCGCAGCUUCUCACUUUUAGAGAUGGCAAGUUUGGCGUAAAUUUUGGUGGUUAUCACGCCGAGGCGGGUCUGGGUGGUCUGCUCACUGGCAAUGCAGCGCAUGGCGGCUUAAGCGCAUCGGCUGGUACGCCGUACGGUCAGAGAGCUGGCGCUGGCUUAGGAGGCAGUGUGGAUGGUAAUGCCGCUGGCGUACUUUAUGCCGGCGCUGAGGCCAAUCCACAAACCGGCGCCGGAGCCAUACUUGGCGGUGAUACCGGCAGAGGUGGGUAUGCGGGUUCGCAAGCUUAUUCCGGCGGCAAAAUCGUGGCUAGCACGAAAAAUCACAUUUUUCCGGGAGCUUACAACAAUGCAGUCGAUACAGUGACUAACGGACCCAGUGACUUGAAGCCCGCUGGCAAUCCCACAGAGUAUGAUGGCAUUCAAAGGGUCCGACCACCCAAGAAGUAUCUCAUCAGACCGAAUUAUGCUACUGCCCAAGCUGGCGCCAGCGCCGAUGCCAACGUCAACGCCAACGCCAACAGUAAUCACAAUGCCGGUGCCAGUGUCGCACACUCGAAGCAUCUGACCAGGCAAGUGGAGAGACAGAACUUCGAUUUUCCCGCUCCAUCCCCGAUACCCGACCUCAACCUGAACGUCGGCCCAGCGGUAGUGACCAGCGCUUUGAAUAUACCGAUUGGCAUUUUGCGCUCACUGCAGGAGUCGCUGGGUGGUCUGGCUACUGCCAAACAGGGAGCGGCUGUUUCAAAUCACUAAAGGACGACACAUACACAUUUUUAUGUGUAAAUAUUAUAUAUUAAUUAUAUAAACACCAUAUGUUACCGAACUAUCGAUUAUGUAUUUAGAGUAGUUUUGAAAGAUCAAAUAAAUCGGGGAAUUUCAGCAAGAAA